AUGGAGAAACCAGUCCAGACCGACGGAUUUUGGCCCAUCUCGUUACUAUUUCGAGGCGUGGCCGAAUCUCUGCUGCAGUUCCAAACCCCCGAGGGAUUCCCUGAAACCUUCAUCUUUGACUCGGACCGCUUGUGGCAGCUGCGCGCAUGUCUGCAGAACCUCAUCAACCUCGACAUUUGUUGGUUCAUCUUCCAAUCGUACAUCUUCAUGCAAAAGCGCUACCUUUCCGCACCUGAACAGACCUACGCCACGUUUCGCUCGCGCAUCGGGUCGCUGAUGGAGGAGAAUGAGGACUGCUUCCGAGGAUCACCGCAGUGGACGAAAAACAUCCGCUGUGUCGCGCUGGAAAUCGCGCGGUUUGCCUGUGCGGCAUGCUCCUCGGACGCCAUGGUCUCGGACGAGCUGAUUGCCACUAUCGAGCGGCCGUUGGUGUGGCACCUGUCAAACGAGCGCGAGGUGUUCCAGUUCUUUCAAAACUCCCUGCAAGAAAAGCUGUUGGCCGCCACGUUUGCAUCGGCCAAGAAGUACCUGAAUAUGUCACCGCUGGCGAUCUGCGAGUCCCAGCGAAACCACCCCCCGUCGCCUGUAUCGCAACAGCACUACUACGACGUGGAGCGCAUAUCCAUGCGCCUAGCACACAUGGGCGUCCUUCACUGGAAAGUGUGGGCGCCGAUUCUCUACGUGCGCGAGAGCGUGUCCCCGAGUGACGUGGCGACCCGUCCUGUGUCGAUAAUGAUGACUGACGUGGCGCGGUCAUCGACGCGAUAA